AUGUCUGGACGACGUGAAAAUUCCAGUGACAGUGACAGCGACUGGGUCGAGGUCGAACGCGUUCCACUUAUUAUUUCGUUCGACGAUAGCGACGACUUAUCGCAACCCACGUCACCAUUCAUACACCUACCACUGCAUGAGCCCUAUGCAACCACCGAACAGGGCCUGGGAUCCCGGUUUCUCCCCUCUGAAACCACAACCACUGAUUGGGAGAUACGACAAAACUCUGGGAACAUGGAAACCGAAUCAUCAACAUCCAAGGGACAGUUGCCCAGCCUAUCGACCUCCGAGUCAGUUCUGGGCAGGCAGGAGGAUACCAUGACCACGACCACCGAUCCCGCUACAAACCCUCGCGAUUUCCACCGGGCCUGUUGUGGAGUGAAAGAGUUCCUCGCUACAGUCACUGAACUUGCAUGUGAUUUAGGGGCAUCUCGCAUUUCCAGUAUCAGCAGGAUAUACUCGGUAUGUCAGCAGCUCUUGACACAAGCAGAGGAGCUUGAGAAAAUUUCCGAGUCAUUUUUCAAUCACUGGGUUUCCAAUGGUUCCAAGACGCCUGCGGUAGACAUCCCACUUGGUCCCGACCUCUGUACUCUGGCGAAAAGGCUAAGCGCACAGCUUAUGCAAACGCAUGGCGAGCGGCGUGAGUUCCUUCCAAUCGAUGGCAGUAUUGCUUCGUUGGAGGCGAGAGGCAUCCCACUGUAA